GUCAUUUCGCCUCCCCCCUCUCUCCCUCUCUCUCUCUCUCUCUCUCUCUCUCUCUCAUGGCGCUCGCUUCCCCAACCUUGGGAGCUCUCCUAUGCCGUGUUCAUGGGAGCUCUCGAGCCCCUCUCCCCCUCCGCUCCUCUCUUCGCUUCCCCUCCGAUCUCAAUCGGAGGCGAUCCAUAUCGAUUCGCGCAUCCGCAGCUUCAGCAGCCCAAACUGGUAGUGUUGCUCCUGCAAUAUCGCUGAGUGAAAAGGCACUGAAUCAUCUGAGUAAGAUGAGGGUUGAACGGAAUGAAGAUCUUUGCCUGAGGAUUGGGGUCAAGCAAGGUGGGUGUUCUGGAAUGUCUUAUACUAUGGAGCUUGAGAAUCGAGCGAAUACGAAGCCCGACGACUCAAUUAUAGAAUACAAUGGCUUUACAAUAGUGUGUGAUCCGAAGAGCCUUCUUUUUGUCUUCGGUAUGCAACUGGACUACAGCGAUGCGCUUAUAGGUGGAGGCUUCUCAUUUAAGAAUCCAAAUGCAACAAAGACGUGCGGCUGUGGUAAAUCUUUUGCUACUGAAAACAGCAGCAGUAAUAGCAGUACCAGUAAUGAGGCCUUAUGUACUAACUAAUUGGUGCCCAGCAACCCUUCCAUGUAACUAUCUGUCAUCUCAUGUAAUUUACUCUGUCAAAACAUCCUAUACUGAAAUGUAUAACAAAUGGUAUAACAGCACGGAUGUUAUCUGACUAUGAAAAGAGAUCUGCAUGAUUAAGUAGUAAUUAUGCGGUUUCAAAUUUAUAUAUUUUUGGUUAUGCCAA